AUGGGUAACGCUCCAGAAACCUCGCUUGAAGAGUUCACACUCUAUUUCUUUCGUCUUUCCUCCUCCUCAUUUUCUACACCAUCUUUUCAUCUCUUCACUUUCCACACCGUCUUUUUGUCUUUUCACUUCCCUUCAACAAUAACGUUGCCCCCUUUUUUUCUCAGCUUUCAGAUUCUUCCUUCGCUUUGCCUUCCACUCCACACCCCACCAGUGUUGUCCUUCGAAUACCUGUACGAUCAAAUCCGAACACCUUCUUCUCUGCAAUGCUGCAUCGAUGCCGCCGGACGCCCCCAAUCCUCGUACAUUGCCGCUGAGCAUCCCCGAUCCUCUUAUGAUCCCCUGGUCGAUCGGCGGCCGCAUACACUGCACCAGGCAUUGCACGUUGCGAGCUGGUUGCACACAUACAGAGGGGUAACUUCGUGUGGGUGAGAUGAGGGUACAGUCAUCUACU